AUGCGGCGCAUUUCAGACCAGAUUGCACUCAGAUUCACUUCCAGCGACAGUGACGAGGGGGCUGAUCUAAUCGAGGCUGUAUCUGGAGCACAUCAGAAGAGGCGCGGUGACUUAAUAAAAACGAUGCGUCACGGUCUGCAUGAUUUAGGACAAAGCGAAAGUAACGAUAUGUCGGACAGCAAAUCAGGUGAGAUACAAGACAGUUAA